AUGAACACCUCGGCAUCACCUCUCGCGAGGAGUCUUCAGCGCAGCACGCGCAACCUCUCAAGGUGUCGAUUCCGGACUACACGUCCCGCCCAAGCAGGACUUGCCACUACCGCUACCACCACCACCACCACCACCAGCUCAACAACCACUUCAAGAACGACGACCGGGAGGCCUCUCGGCGCACGCACUUUCACGACGAGUAGGACACGACGAAGCAAUGAGGACGACGAAUUCGAUCCGGCAACGAUUGAGCGUGAAUCAGAUGAGGUCGAUGUUGUCAUUGUAGGCGGUGGCCCCGCCGGUCUCAGCGCCGCGAUCCGACUCAAGCAGCUCGCCAACGAAGCCGGCAACGAAGACUUUCGCGUCCUCCUCCUCGAAAAGGCCGGCGAGAUGGGCGCCCACAUCCUCUCGGGCGCCGUCAUCCAACCCACGGCCAUUGACGAGCUCAUCCCGGACUGGCUGUCCGAGGACAACCCGGACCGCUUCGAGUACGCCACGCCCGCCGGCGGCGACCGCAUGCGCUUCCUUACAAAGUCCGCUGCGAUCCCCCUCCCGACCCCGCCGCAGAUGCACAACGACGGGAACUACAUCGUCUCGCUCAACCAGUUUACAAAGUGGCUGGGCGACCGCGCCGAGGAGCUCGGCGUCGAGGUGUACCCCGGUUUCGCCGCUUCCGAGGUUCUUUACAACGAGGUCGACGGCAGCGUAAAGGGCGUCGCCACCAACGAUCUCGGCAUGGGCCGCGACGGGAAGCCCAAGGACGCGUUUGAGCGCGGCAUGGAGUUCCACGCGCGCUGCACGCUGUUUGCAGAGGGAUGCCACGGCAGCCUGAGCAAGCAGGUCAUUAAGAAAUUCGACCUGCGCCGCGACAGCCAGCACCAGACGUACGCGCUGGGUAUCAAGGAGGUGUGGGAGGUGCAGCCGGAAAAGUUCCAAAAGGGGUCCAUCACGCACUCCAUGGGCUACCCGCUAUCCAAAGACCUCUACGGCGGCGGCUGGAUGUAUCAUUUCGGCGACAAUCUUGUGAGUAUCGGCCUCGUCGUUGCGCUCGACUACGAGAACCCCUGGGUCUCGCCCUACGGCGAGUUCCAGAAGAUGAAGCACCACCCCAUGUACAAGGAGGUCCUCGAGGGCGGCAAAUGCCUCACGUACGGUGCGCGCGCGUUGAUUGAGGGCGGGUUCCAGUCUAUCCCUAAAUGCGCGUUCCCCGGUGGCGCGUUGAUUGGCGACUCGGCCGGCUUCGUGAACCUGCCCAAGAUCAAGGGCACGCACAAUGCCAUGAAGUCGGGCAUGCUCGCCGCCGAGGCCGCCUUCAGCGCACUCUCUUCCAGCAGUGCGGCAGCCGAGGAGGCAGAGGGAGAAGAAGCCGAGGAGAAGCCGCGCGACACGGUCUUCUUGUACGACUACGAAGACAAACUCCGCAACUCGUCCAUCUGGAAAGAACUCAAAGAAGUGCGCAACUUCCGUCCCUCAUUCCACACCCCGCUCGGCUUAUACGGCGGUAUCGCCUACUCCGGUCUCGAAGCGUAUGUCCUGAAGGGCCGCGUGCCCUGGACGCUGAAGCACAAGACGCCGGACCACGCGGCGACGGGCAGCGCAGACAAGUUCCAGAAAAUCGAGUACGCGAAACCCGACGGCAAGAUCUCGUUUGAUAUCCUCACGAGCGUGAGCCGCACGGGCACGAACCACGAGGAGGACCAGCCGGUGCACCUGCAGGUGAAAGACUGGGAGAAGCACACGCGGGAGACGUGGCCCAAGUUCAAGGGCGUCGAGAACCGGUUCUGUCCGGCGGGUGUGUAUGAGUAUGUUGAGGAUGAUACCAAGGAGCUUGGGGUGCGGUUCCAGAUUAACGCGCAAAACUGCAUCCACUGCAAGACAUGCGACAUCAAGGCGCCAAAUCAGGAUAUUAACUGGCAGGUUCCGCAGGGCGGCGAGGGACCCAAGUACUACAUGUCAUGA